GCGUGGGAGCAUAUUCUCAUUGGGCAACUGAUGAGGACUGUGAGACGUGGUGGAUUUGUGCCAUCAAUUCUUCCACCACCAGAUGUGCCGUAUGGAUCGCGGUGGUCUUUUGAUAGACAUACAAGGACUCACACAGGAUCUGGCGUGGGCUUCUAUCGCGAUCAAUUGGAUCUACUUCGAGCUAACCAGUUUCGAUGGGACCCUUACCCCACUGAGGCAUACGCUGCAUUGCCUCAGCACUCAGGGAUAUUGUCAGGGGCGUGGAGAGCAUCUGUACCUUUGAUAUGCUUCGACAUAGUCGAAGUGCAUGUCCCUGAGCGCGUACUGCGCCAAUUUGGGAUGGUACAGGGCAUCUCGCCACGUUGUGAUACAAAGGCGGAGCUCCAUCACAACUCACGCAAGGGUCGGGAACCCAAGAAUUGGUUGGAGAUCAACUGGCGCCAUAUCACUCGUUGGGAUCACAAGCUAGAGCUGCUGGCCCAAGGUGCGCCGAUCGAUGCUGUAGGCGCACCUACUUUGGCGGAUUACAUGUGGUUCCUCUCCAUCACUUGUCGAUGGAUGACACCACGAGGUAUCAUCGCAGCCGCCCAGUACGCUCCCGCAGCACCGACGUUGACACAGCUUGCACAGGGCACUGCAGCUGUCAUCAACUCCAGCCAGGAGGAGCCUGUACGACAGAUUGCCCAAGACAUACUCCUAGGGACACAGUUUCAGCACUUCAUUUCAGAAGCCGUUGUGCCUGACACCACUAUGGAUGCUCAGGGGUCAUCUCCUCAUCAUGUCGACGUUCAUCCUGAGUAGGUAGACUUAACGUGCCCCAACUAUGGUGUCGGGUCCUCACAGGAUGUUGGAUCAUCCCUGUAUCAAUCACCUCCUUUACCCGAGCGUUAUGCGACCGCCUCUUACUAUCGUAGGAGGCGUCAUAGACCGUCACAGUUAGAGAGGGUACAA